AUGGGGUUUGAAAGAGGAGAACAGGUUGAGGUGGUCAUGGAAGACGAAGGAUUCAAGGGUUCCUAUUACCCUGCAAUUACCAUCUCGAAGAAGGGUACUUCACGGUAUAAGGUGGAGUACACAACCCUCUUAAAAGACGAUGAAUCGGGGCCGCUGGAAGCAGUUAUCGACGUCGAUCAGCUCCGGCCGGUGCCACCUCCGAUGCCGGUCAUGGACUUUGAUUUGUAUGAUUUAGCUGAUGCAUAUGAGCACGACGGUUGGUGGGGUGGAAUCAUAUAUAAGAAAUUUGAAUUGGACUAUCUUGUUUACUUCCCUACACUUGGAAAAGCACUGGCUUACCCUUUGGAGAAACUGAGGAUACACCAGGAAUGGGCUAAUGGCAGGUGGACUUGCACGAAAUCGGCAAACAAGAGUUUCGAGGAAAAACAGGCAAAAAAGAGUCCCAAAGGAAAACAGGCAAAGAAGAAAAAUGUUAGCCUCCCAAAGCCAACAGUUGUGGAGUUCCAAACUGGACAAAAAAUGGAGGUGAUCGAAGAAGAGGAAGGUUUUGAGGGUCCUUACAAUUCUGCAAAUAUAAUAUCUAUUGAGGGUCCAGUAGACAUUGAAGAAAACACGGGGCAACUUUCCAAGAAAAAGCAGGAGAAAAGGAGUUCCAAAGGAAAACAGGCAAAGAAGAAAAACAUCGGCCUUCCAAAACCAACAGUUAUGGAGUUCCAAACCCGACAAGAACUGGAGGUGAUCAAAGUAGAGGAAGGUUUUGAGGGUCCAGUAGACAUUGAAGGAAAAACAGGGCAAAUUUCCAAGAAAAAGCAGGCGAAAAUGAGUUUCAGAGGAAAACAGGCAAAGAAGAAAAACAUCGGCCUUCCAAAACCAACAGCUGGGGAGCUCCAAACUGGACAAGAACUGGAGGUGAUGAUAGAGAAGGAAGGUUUUGAGGGUUCUUAUAAUGCUGCAAAUUUAAAAUCUAGUGAGGGCCCAUCUCAAUAUCCACUGGAAUACAAGACCCUCUGGAAAGAAAGCAAGUCCGGACCAUUGGUAGAGGCUGUAGGCGAUGAUCAGCUCCUUCUUUUGCCACCUCAUGUUUUGGCAAACAAGAGUGUCAAGGAAAAACAGCCAAAAAUAGAGUAUGAAGGACAAACAGGCAACAUUAUCCAGAAAAAACGAGCAAAAAUGAAUUCCAAGGGAAAACGGGUACAAAUAGAGUUUGAAGAAGAAACAGGCAAAAUUUUCCAGAAAAAACCGGCAAAAAGUAGGUUCAAAGGAAAACGGGCAAACAAGAAAAAACUCAGCCUUCCAGAACCAAAAGUAAUAGAGUUCCAAGCUGGAGAUGAAGUGGAGGUGAUGUUGAAGGAGGAAGGUUUCGAGGGUUCGUACUAUGCUGCAAAAAUACUAUCUAAGGAGGGUGCAUCUCAGUAUAAAGUGGAAUAUAAAACCCUCUUGAAAGAAGACGAUUCCGGACCACUAGAAGAGGUUGUCGAAGUUCAUCAGCUCCGCCCUUCGCCACCUCCUUUUCCGGUCAGCUAUUUCAGCUUGUAUGAGUUAGCCGACGUGUAUGAGAGCGAUGGCUGGUGGGCUGGAAUCAUAAAUGGGAAAUUCCAGUCAGACUAUUUCGUCUACUUCCCUACAACUCAAGAAGAGAUCCCUUACCGCUUUGAGCAAUUGAGGGUGCAUCAAGAUUGGUCAGAUGGCCAGUGGAUUUCCUCCAAGGAGGCAACGGGUCCAGGAUAG